AUGUGUCUCAAUAUUUAGCGACGUUCAUGGUGCUCCGACAUUAUUCAAGAGUGAAACGAGUUUAUUGUUAUUAACCAGAAGUUAUUUCCACUUCGGGUGUGUUAGUGGCGUCUGUGAAAAGUUCAGUUUUCUGUUUAAGUACACAGCGGCGAGUUUUAACGAGUUUUAAAGUGAUACUGAAGUUUCCCGGUGAAGAUAACUCUGUGAAGACUACCUCUGGAUCAACUGGCAGCCCUCUCUAGUGGCUUUUGAAAUAAUGCUCCUUAGUGCUGAGCUCUAGAUGUCCACAAUGAGUCUACGAACCCUGUCACUGAGAGCACUGUUGUUCCUGGGGCUUUGGCAUACCGGGAGGAGAAGUCUAGCUUCAGCCCCAGAGCUGCAGAACCAGCCCAAAAAGAUAGCUGUGGUCGGAGCAGGCAUCGGUGGCACAGCGACUGCAUAUUACCUGAGGCAGGAGUUUGGAGCCGGGGUGAAGAUUGAUGUGUUUGAAUCUGGCACUGUUGGUGGACGACUAGCGACAGUGAAGAUCGGGGAGUAUGAGUAUGAGACAGGAGGUUCAGUGAUCCAUCCUUUGAACCUACACAUGAAGCACUUCAUUGAAAAAUUAGGUAUUCCUGCAAGGAAAGAUGUCUCCUCUAAAAUGGCAAUCUUUGAUGGAAAGGAGCUCACAUUUGAAGAGAGUGACUGGUUCAUUCUUAACUUCUUACGCAUGCUCUGGCAAUACGGGUUCAACUUUCUUCGGAUGCAGAUGUGGGUGGAGAGUGUUUUGGACAAAUUUAUGAGGAUCUACCAGUAUCAGCAGUAUGGUUACUCAUUCUCCAAUGUGGAGAGGCUCUUGCACGCCAUGGGUGGUGAUAAUUUUCUUACCCUGAUGAAUCAGACUCUGGAGGAAACUAUGAUUGGUGAAGGAUUUUCACAGAUCUUCCUCAACGACAUUGUUGCACCCAUCACUCGUGUCAACUAUGGUCAGAGUGUCCGCAUCCACGGCUUUGUGGGGGCCGUGUCAUUAGCAGGAGCAGAUUCAGGCUUGUGGGCAGUGGAUGGAGGCAAUAAGAGAGUCUGCUCAGGACUGCUGUACCACAGUAAAAGUGAUCUCAUCCCUGCCAGAGUGACUUCCAUUGCAGUCAAGGUUCGGCCUUCCAAGACAGGCACCACAGCCAGUUUCUAUGAGGUCAGUUAUGUUGGGGAAUCGGGCUCAGCUCACUCUCUGUAUGACAUUGUGGUAAUAGCGACGCCACUUCACCAGGGAAAGUCUGACAUCACCUUCUCAGGUUUCUCCCCUCAAAUCCCGUCUAACUACCCCGGGCGCUACCACCAGACGGUGUCAACUCUGGUCCACGGCUUGCUGAACAUGUCCUACCUUGGGACCACACAGCCAGCCUCAGAGUUCACUGUGUCUGAAGUCCUCACCACUGACUCUAAGGGCUCUGUCAUCAACAGCCUCUCCUCUCUCGACCCUGUGCAUAUCCCUGCAGGUUACAAACGGCCCCCCGCCAGCCAAACCAAAGUCUGGAAGGUGUUCUCUCCACAGCCGCUGUCUCAAGAGCAGCUGCAGAACAUGUUCCUCUCCUGGGAUUCAGUGUCUGAGAGUCGGUGGCUGGCUUAUCCCGCGUACUGCCCACCGCAUCGUAAGACCCCUCCCUUCAUCCUGCACAACCGGCUGUACUACCUCAACGCUGUGGAGUGGGCAGCUAGUGCUAUGGAGAUGAGCUCCAUCUCCGCCAGGAACGUGGCCCUGCUGGCACACCAUCGCUGGCAUGGACAGAACGGCAAGAUCGACCAGGAGGACCUUCACACCCGACUAAGAGGGGAGCUCUGACAAGUGAGAACUAUUUGAGAUGAGAACCAAAAGCAAUAAAAUACUAUCAAUCAAGCACAGUAUAAACCCAUACAGAUGCUCAUGGGCUUGCCUGCUGCACUGUAAUAACUCUCCAGUCAGGGCAAAUCCCAACUCUCUUUCAGGUAUCUCGGGUGCUCUUGCCUUUUUAAACUUAUAUUCUGGUUUGUUACAAGUUGGUCUUAUUUUUGCAGUUUGGGCUGUAAUUUCUACCAGUCAGAUGAUGUACUCACCAAUGUAAUUGCUGAGAUCUGGGAACACCAUGACAUUAAAGCACUAACAUUAGUCGAAUAAAAGAUUAGUCAGUCGAAAGAAAGUUAAUUUUGAUAAUUGACUGUUAACUGUUUAAGUCAGUUUUUAAGCAAAGAUGCCAAAUAUUCAAUGGUUUUGUCUUCUCAAAUGGUAAAAUUUCCUACUUGUCAUUGUCUUACAUUAUAGUAAAUGUUUGUUGCUCUUUUGUAGAUCAAUCAAUGAAUUGAGCAAAUAAUCCACAUGUAAAUCAAUAAUGAAAAUAAUCGUUAGUUGCAGGUCUAGGUGACAUUGCUACAAAGUCUGACAGGAGAGCAAACUCCAGCAGGAAUAACAAUCAGAAAAGUUUCAAACAAGCCAACUUGAUUUUCUAGAUAAAACCAUGAGUGAGUGCACCACAGGAAAACUGUUCAAACUUCAUAUAUGGCAGGUUAAACUUGAACCAGGCUGUCAUGUACACUGACAGUUUGGGUGAUGAUUCGACCGUUGACCUGGGUGCUUAUUUAUAAUCUGUCUGGUUGUUUGACUCCUCAUGUUUCUUGCCCCUAUCUGAAGAAGCCUUUAAAGCAAAGUGUCUCCUUUCUAAGAUCUCAGCAGUUAACUUGGUGAGUACAAAGUUAUUAUUAGUGUUGGCCAAAACUAAGAAAAAAAAAAAAGACCAAUGUUGUAAUAAACAGGAAAUCUUUUAAUCACUCCAACAGUAGCCACAGUUCAUCGCUCUGUCACCAGCAACAGCAGCACAAAUCACAAUAACAGGUGGGACUACAUUGUAUUGUGCUGAAUUUUGUAUUCACUGUGAACCACGCUGCACUGCAGGGUAGACGUAUGACUGUUCCUUUAUAUGUAAGAGUAUCUUGAAGAAAUUUUAAAACUUUUUUUUUUUUUUUUAAAGUGCAUUUCCUCUGUUUUAAACACGGUACAUCUAACAAAUCACAGACCAACCAUUGUCACCCUUUAGCCAAAUUCUUGCAUAGUGUUGACUAAUAUGACGAUGUCCCGUUAUUGAUGGAUUCAUGUGUCUUCCAAUGAUUUUCUCAGUCUCUCUACCUCCUCAGCACACUGCUGUAUGUGUUGAUAGUGAGUACAGGCAGCUGUCAGUAAGAGAGUUGUGCCACCAAGACGUUUUCUUUGUAAAUUGGAAGAUAUGGAUGUUAUAAAGGAGUAUUAACAAAUUAAUGUAUUUUCUUAGCAUUUAAAUAGACUGUUGAUAUAAUGUGCCGUAAUUGGAAAGAGUCUAAUCACACUGACCAUUUAAACUACUGUGGUGCCUUAAGCUAUUGAAGUAAUUAGCUUAUGUGUUUAGUAGAUGAUAAGUCUCCCAAUGAUUUUAGAAAUCAAUUGUCCUUAGGGGUUUCCUGUGUCAUUUUUAAUGACGUGAAAAUUGCCAUCAGACUCAGACCACCAGGACCAAACUGCAGCGAGGCUGACGCAUUUCUGUAUUUUGUAUUUUGUAACAAAUGGAGGCGUAUUCAGUACCUGGGAUUUAUCUGAUGUCAUGUCGCUUAAAGACACUGUACCUUCCUGGACCACUUUCAUGUUCUUUAACUACUUUGGGAAGACCGCUAGAGUUUGCUGAUUGUUUCUUAAGCACUUUUAGAGGUGUAUUUUUCUAGAUGUUUGAAAGAAGUUUUGAGUAUGAGUCAAGACACACUGUUGCCAGAAUAUUAAUUGUGCACUUUAAUUGAUAGAAAAGCUUCUGUUUUAUACUGAAGUCCAAAUGCCAAAGAACCCCACCAAUGUGCAGUAUUUAGACUGGAUUGUUCUGGACAAAUAAAAUGAUCCUUUUAUUUACAAAUUAAUUUGAUUACAAACAAUACUGAAACCCCUGUAUGUUUUGAAAGUGUUUACAAUCACAAUAAAGUGGUGAGACAUUG